AUGUCAGAUUUGGAAUCAAUUGCAGGGUAUCUUGCACAAUCUGUCGUUGCCUCGACGGCAAAGGCAGCUGAGGCUAGCCUCAAGGCAGAAGAAUCGCUGGAAGGUUUUCCCUUAACUUUGAUGCAUGUCAUCGCCUCUGGGAACCUUCCCAUAUCAACAAGGUUGGCCGGUGCACUUUUCUUCAAAAACUUCAUCAAGCGUAAAUGGGUUGACGAAAAUGGCGACUAUCUCAUUUCUCUUGCAGAUGUUGACGCAAUUAAACGGGAAAUCGUGCCAUUGAUGAUAGUAUUGCCUGGUAAUUUGCAGAUCCAAAUUGGUGAAGCCAUCUCUGUGAUUGCGGAUUCUGACUUUCCGCAUAGAUGGCCGAAUUUGCUGGAUGAUCUGAUUGGAAAACUAUCAACGACCGAUAUGGUUACCAAUCGUGGUGUUCUGACCGUGGCACAUUCAAUCUUCAAAAGGUGGCGCCCUCUUUUCAGAUCGGACGAAUUGUUCCUGGAGAUCAAGUUCGUGCUAGACAAGUUUGCAUCGCCCUUCCUAGCCCUGCUCCAAUCUGUAGAUGAGCAGAUUACUGCCAACGGUAAUGACGCGGCCAAGCUCACCUUGCUGUUUGACGUUUUACUGGUUUUGAUCAAGCUCUACUACGACUUGAAUUGCCAGGAUAUCCCUGAGUUUUUCGAAGACAAUGCUCAACUGGGGAUGGGGAUAAUGCUCAAAUACUUGGGCUACAAUAACCAUUUGCUCGAGGAUGUGGAUGAGGAAGAUCAAGCCAGUGUUGUCACGAAGGCUAAGUCCAGUAUUGAAGAGCUUAUACAACUUUACAUCACAAGAUAUGAUGACGUAUUCGAACCCAUGGCAAAUGAUUUCAUAAAAACAACAUGGGACCUUCUCACAGGCUUGCAACCACAAGCCAAGAACGAUGUUUUGAUUUCAAAAGCUCUCCAUUUUAUGACCGCGGUCACCAAAAUCCCAAAGUACUUUGAGCUUUUCAACAGCGAAACUGCCCUAGAAAGUAUUACGGAACAGAUUAUUUUGCCCAACGUCACGCUACGCGAAGCCGACGAAGAGCUAUUUGAAGAUGAUCCUAUCGAGUAUGUGAGACGUGAUCUCGAGGGUUCCGAUUCGGAAACCAGACGCAAGGGAUGUACCGAUUUUAUGAAAGAGUUGAAGGAGAAAAACGAGCACCUUGUGGUUUCUAUCGUAUUGAAGCAGAUCAAAGCCUUUUUCCUCAAGUACCAAGAAGAUCCUGCCAGCAAUUGGAAAUUUAAAGACCUUAGCAUAUAUCUUUUUUCAACGCUGGCAAUCAACGGAAGCAUGAGUAACCCAGGUGUCUCAUCGACGAGUAUCUUGCUGGAUGUGGUCAGCUUUUUCAGCGAACAAAUAUCACCCGAUCUUGUAGGUUCGGUGCCUCAUCCGAUUUUGAAGGUUGACGCUAUCAAGUACAUUUACACCUUCAGGAAUCAGCUAAGCAAAGAGCAGCUAAUUCAGAUCCUGCCAGUUCUCGCGGGGCUCCUACAAUCUGAAGAGUUUGUGGUUUACACUUAUUCUUCCAUUACUAUUGAGCGCAUACUUGCGAUAAGAGAGUCCAGCACUUCACCUGUUCUGGUUUUCAAAAAAUCCGACCUUUCAGGCAGUUCAGAACUAUUGCUUACGAACUUGUUCCGUCUAAUCUUCAAGCAAGGUCAAUCACCAGAGAAAUUGGCGGAAAACGAAUUUUUGAUGAAGGCGGUCUACAGAGUACUUUCAACAUCGGAAGACCUUUCUGCCUCUUUCGCUCCUAACACAGUUAAUCAACUUCUUCAGAUCAUUUCAAUCAUUUCCAAAAACCCAUCAAACCCGCGGUUCUCUCAUUACUGUUUCGAGUCUUUGGGUGUUGUGUUGAAGUACAAUCGACAAUCACUAAAUGAAUUUUUGAAGGUCAUGAUGCCCUGUUUUAUGAACAUUCUGGCCACAGAUGUUCAGGAGUUUAUCCCUUAUACCAUCCAGCUCAUUGCCUACUGCAUAGAACAGCUGCCACAGGAAAGCGGUCUUCCAGAUUCGGUCAUCCAAUUAGCUCAGCCAAUUCUUUCGCCAUCGGUCUGGGAAAUGAAGGGUAACAUACCAGCUGUUACAAGGCUUUUGAAGGACAUUAUACGCGUAGAUUCCAGUGCAUAUCCAGACCUUCUACCAGUGCUGGGUGUCUUUCAAAGAUUGAUUGCAUCCAAGACCUACGAUGUGAACGGUCUUGAGCUAAUGGAAUACAUUAUCACUUACGUGCCACCAGCUAAAAUCCAACCAUUCCUGAAACAAAUUGCGGUCCUUCUUCUUCAGAGAUUACAAAAUUCGAGAACCGAGAAAUACGUCAAAAAAUUCUUGGUUUUCCUCAGCAUUGUGGCUUAUAAGCGCGGCUCGGAUUUUGUGGUAAGUUUUUUGGAUGAUGUUCAAAACGGGUUGUUUGAACAAAUCUGGAACUCUUUUGUCAUUAGCACGCUACCCAGUAUGGGAAACUUACUGGACCGUAAAGUCGCCAUUAUUGGAGUUGUUCAAGUGAUAACGAGCGGCACGCAGUUUUCUGCCAAGUAUCCAAAUUUAUUCGCGCCUUCUAUAGAAAUUUUGGCGGAAACGGCAGCUUCUGAAAGCAUCGUUAGCAUGAAUAAUGACUUUGUGGAUCUUGAAAACUUGGAAGAGAUUUCUACUUUUGGAUCUAGUUUCAGCAAGUUAAGUUCGAUUAGUGAAAAGAACUUUGACCCCGUUCCAGAAGUGGACCUAACGACGGGUGUGAGAUCUUACUUGAGGGACACUUUAUUGUCCUUCAAUCAAAAAACAAAUAACAGCCUUUCGGGUCUGGCACCACAGCUUUCUGAUAAAGCCAAACUGGCACUGCAUAGCUUGGGCCUCAUUUAG